UCUUAAUCAAAAAAUACUAAUUUGUCAAUAAUAAUAAUAAAAAACAAAUGGCCAGAUAAACUAAAGCUUAAAAGAAAGCUCCCAAACCAGGUAACUUUCUAAUUAAAUUUAAAUAGCAACUAAAAAAAUUGCAAAAAAACCAGCUGGCCCAAGAUAAACAAGAACAAUCUAGGCUGCAGUUGCUGAGGCUUAAGCUACAACUUAACCAAGUGCUGGAUAAAGAAAAUUACCUAGAUAGAAUAGAAGAAAUAAGCAAGCCAAAAAAGCUAAAUCACAAAAAGCAACACAAAAAAAAUGAAUCGAUAU